GUCCGGCUCCGAUCUUUUACACAUCUCUCCCUUGCUCUGAUCGAUGUAUGGUCAAAUUUCAAAAAGCACACAAUAAAGCAAAGCAAGGUGCCACGUAGUUUGAUGCACUCGUCGCAGGUCGCAUCCAGCAAUGCUUAACAGCUUCACACGUCGAACCUCAGAAAUUCUGCGGAUAUUUUGGCCUAGUGCUUUGAUCAUCAGCAUUUUAUUGAACAUUCUUACUAUGUUGCGCUUGCAACCUGCGUCGCUUGAUGAUAGGCAGUACUCUUAUAUUGGCGAGGAUUAUCCAACAGAAUUACCCCUCCGCCUGGACACUGUUGCAUUGAAAUUCAACAGUUCGGACCAUUAUGGUACAUCAGACGAGAGGGCCUGGUCGGAAUGGAAAUCGCUUGAUCGUUUUCCACACGGUCACGGAUUUGUACGGCUGGGACCAGAUGGACGGCUAUUUGGGAUAUCCAUGUUUCACCAAAUUCACUGCCUGCAAAUGAUCCGGCUAGCCCUCAUUUUUGGGCCCAACGGGCACAGUGGUCAUUGCAUGAAUAUAUUGCGGCAAGGCAUUCUUUGCAAUGCUGAUAUUACUCUCGAUCCACUUGUCACCGACCCUGAUGGAUCGAUGACAGGCACAGAUGGUUUGAACGUGACACAUGUUUGUCGGGACUGGUCGCAGCUUUAUGACUAUAUCAUAGAAAAUCAGAAUGGUCCCUUGUGGUGGGAAGAGCAACAAGAGCAACAGAUGGCAUUGCAGAAAGGGACCUAGGUGUAGGAGUGGAGUACUAGCUACACAACACCGUAGGUUAG